AUGAGACACCGCGCUUCCUGGUGUGUUCACGAGCGAUGGGAGAGUUUGUGAAAGUCGCGCAUCAUCUUCUGUGAACUCUGAUUGCGCACUGUGUCUGUGGUAUUGAGUGACUCCUCUUAGAGCUCACAAUUCAGUUCAUUGACCACUGAAGAUGCUUUAAGAGUUCUCAGCCAUUUAAACUAUUUUGGGAUCAACAGACUGGAGAAAUGGCAAGUGACAAAACUUCAUCUGGUGAGGAUGCCCGCUCUUCCAGAGUCAUCAGGGUGGUUUUCUUGGCACUGCUGCUUGACUUGCUGGGUUUUACAUUAAUACUACCCCUGCUCCCCUCCAUCCUAGACCACUACAGUCAAACUGGGGACAGUGUGUACCAGUCAUUACAGAGCAUAGUGGACUGGUUCAGAGGCGCAGUUGGAGUUCCUCUGGAAACUAAAUAUAACAGUGUUCUUUUUGGAGGUCUGAUAGGCUCUCUCUACUCUUUUCUACAAUUUCUGUCAUCACCCAUUAUUGGGGCUCUUUCAGAUGACUAUGGAAGAAAACCACUGCUGCUUUUAACAACUGUGGGUCUCAUAGGCUCCUACAUUCUGUGGGCUUUUUCACGUAGUUUUAGCGUUUUCCUCCUGUCUCGGGUGGUGGGAGGACUUUGUAAGGGUAAUGUCAGCCUGUGCACGGCUAUUGUGGCUGACCUACCUUGCCCUAAAGCAAGAAACAAGGGAAUGGCAAUGAUUGGUGUUGCAUUCUCUUUGGGAUUCACACUGGGGCCAUUAAUGGGAGCAUACUUUGCUCUGAAGCUCAAAGAUGCUGAAGUGUUUUAUCAAGGCCCUGCCAUGUUGGCUGUCCUUUUUUCCUUAGGAGACCUGAUCUUCAUUUUCCUCAUGCUGCCAGAGACUUUACAAAAGGAAUCAUCAGAAUCAUCAGGUGUUCAACAGUCUGGAGAUUUUCUUAAUCCUGUAGCACUUUUCAAUUUCACUGCUGUCACAAGAACAGAGAAUCCACCAUCUGAACAAAAAAUGAAAAAUCUGAAGAUGCUUGGCUUGGUCUACUUCACAUAUCUAUUUCUCUUCUCUGGGUUGGAAUUCACUUUGAGUUUUCUAACACAUCAGCGCUUUCAGUUUACAAGCAUGCAGCAGGGGAAGAUGUUCUUUUUCAUUGGCAUCACCAUGGCGUUAAUCCAGGGCGGAUAUGCCCGCAGGAUCAAACCAGGUCAUCAGAUCCAGACCGUUAGCGUGGCAAUUAUAGCCCUUAUACCAGCCUUCUUGCUCAUUGGAAUAGCAUGGAAUUUGACACUCCUCUAUUCUGGCUUAUUUUUGUUCUCCUUUGCUGCUGCUAUUGUUGUUCCAUGCCUUUCAACGCAAGUGUCUGGACAUGGCUCAGCCAAUCAGAAGGGAACAGUAAUGGGAAUCCUUCGGAGUCUUGGAGCUUUAGCUCGAGCACUGGGCCCUAUUGUGGCUUCUUCAGUGUACUGGUUGGCUGGAGCCGAAUUAUGCUUUAUAACCAGUUCAGCGUUCUUUAUAAUCCCUCUGAUUUUACUGAGCAGACUGAAAAGACAGAAAGAGGAGUAACAUUGAGAGUUUUAAGGAAUCACUGUUGCGUCAUUAAGGUCAAACCUCUUCUCCAUUGUUGCCUUAGUGUCACUUAAGAGAGUUUCCAUUUAAAUGUUUACAGUGUACAACACAAUAUACCAACACUUACAGUAUGAACAAACUUUGUUUUUAAUGGAUUUUUAUUUUCCCAUUUGUAUAUGUUUAUUCCUCUUUAAAUUUAAUUAUUGUUUAUCAGUACAAACACUAUAAGACUUGCUGUAUGUUUGUGUAUGUAUAUGUGUG